CUGAAGAAGCUGCUGUGGCACUCGGGCACACAGCAAGAAAACCUCAAAUGGACUUUGUGUACAGCAGCGGGGUCCUUGUUAUACAGCACCUCCAAGAAAACUACAGGGAAUACCAUGACUUCCUCAAUUACAUGUCAACUGUUGGAGACCCUCGCAAUAUUUUCUCUGUGUAUUUCCCCCUCUGGUUCCAUCUCAGUCAUACUGUUGGCAUCAAGAUGAUAUGGGUGGCAGUUAUUGGAGAUUGGUUCAAUCUUAUUUUCAAAUGGAUUCUGUUUGGGCAGCGACCUUACUGGUGGAUACAAGAAACUCACUUCUACAACAAUGAUUCAUUCCCACAUUUGGAGCAGUUUCACAUUACGUGUGAAACAGGGCCAGGAAACCCGUCUGGUCAUGCCAUGGGCUCGUCAUGUGUGUGGUAUGUGAUGAUCACCUCUGCUCUGAACUUUAGCAGGCCAUCUUCCACUGUCACUUCAGUGCAGAGUUCUCAAAGGUUUUGUCUUCUGAAGUCUUGCCUGUGGAUGGUUUUUUGGAUCAUUCAGAUAAGCGUUUGCAUCUCGAGGGUUUUUAUUGCAACGCAUUUCCCACAUCAGGUUGUCCUCGGUCUAUUAGCAGGUAUGCUGGUUGCUGAAGUGUUUGAUCACAUCCCCUCGUUGUACAAUGCAAGCCUGAAAGCGUACCUCCACACAAACAUUUUCCUUUUCUGUGUUGCUGUUGGCUUUUAUCUGCUCCUCCAAUCAAUGGACAUCAAUCUAUUGUGGUCAGUUACUAAAGCCAAGAAGUGGUGCGCUAACCCUGAUUGGAUCCAUCUUGACACCUCACCUUUUGCUGGUCUAGUGAGAAACUUGGGAGCGUUGUUUGGUCUGGGCCUCGCUGUUAACUCUCAGAUGUUUAUUCAGAGCUGUAAGGGAAAGAAUGCCUACAAAAGUAGAUUUAAACUCAUGUGUGUGACAGCAACUCUCACAUCUCUGAAACUUUAUGACUUGAUCAAAAUGCCCACGCACACUGAGCUUCUGUUCUACAUCCUAUCGUUUUGUAAGAGUGCUUCAGUUCCUUUUGGUGUGGUUGCUGUUAUUCCUUACUUUGUGCAUUUGCUGAUUGGAGAUGAGAGGAAGCUAGCUUAGACUGUGCAUGAAUCAUGUACUUUUGCACCUCCAAAACUCAUCACAGGUUAAAUAAAAAUAAAAAUAUCAAAGAGGUUAGGUCCUUUUUACAGACAACCUGUUAGACUGUUAUUUACAGUUAUUGCACAGUUACAUAAGCACUGAAUUUGCAAUAGUACAUAUUGAAAUAAGAUUCAUACCUUUGUAAGAAUGUUACAUAGACUGUUUUGUGGUUAACUUGAAAUGAAAGUAGCAAUUGUAUCAUGUGUAGGGUGCCUAUUGUUUUGUCUUUUCGUUGUUUUUUGUUUAGCAUGUACAGUAAA